AUGGUGGUAUUUUCUAUAUUACUGCUAAAACGCACUUAUUACGUACUUACAAAUGAAGUAGCUGACCCUAGAGGACGUGGUAGCAGAAGUGGUGGAGGAGGAGGUGGUGGUGGCGGUGGAGGUAGCAGAAGUGGUGGAGGAGGUGGUGGUGGCGGUGGCGGUAGCAGAAGUGGUGGAGGAGGAGGCGGUGGUGGUGGUGGUGGUAGCAGAAGUAGAGGCAGAGGCAAAAACUGCAGUCCGGCUAGGUGGAAGAUUUUACAACAAUUGACUGAAAUCUCUCUUCACAAGCUUUCCGAUACCAGGUGGUCAGCUCGGAUUGCCGCUGUUAAGCCAAUAGCAAAACAACCACGAGAAAUAAUUACUGCCCUUAAUUUUACUAUAGAGAAUCUUGACCUUACUGCUGACAUGCUAAAUCAAGCUGAGUCUUUCAUAAUGUUUUUUAAGUCCUUUGAAACUUUUGUGCUUCUGACCUUUUGGUAUAAAGUUCUUCAAGUAGUAGAUGAAGUAAGCCGUUUGUUCCAGUCAAGUUCACUAACAAUAGAUAACGGAGUUAUUCUAAUUCAACAGCUAAUAAGCAAUCUUUGCCGUGUCCGCUCAUCAUGGAAUAAUUUUUUGACUAAAGCGAAAGCUGUUGCAGGUCCCCUAGGCUUUCAAACGGAAUUUUUGACAAAACGAAAGAAAAGAGCGAAACGGUAUUACGAUGAAGUUGCAAAUGCAGCUUUCUGCUAUGAGAGCCCAGAGCAUUAUUUUAAGGAAAACAUCUUCAAAGUUGCUCUUAAUCAUUUUAUUUAUCAAGUUAAGUCAAGAUUUGACAUAGUGAAAUUUGUCAACGUUCUUCUUGGAGAAAACACUCGUUUUAAAGAUCAAGCAAUACCAGCUAAGUGA